GUACAUCGUUUUCUGAAGUAGAAAAUUUGAAACUCAAUAUCGUUAGUGCUGCAUAUGGUCUUUCUGAUGUCACUGCCCGCGCACAGAAACUCGUGACUGCCGACGAAGAGUUCAAUGAAAUGGCGAGCAAUGAAGUUUGGGGGGAAGGCUUUCCUGGAAAAGAUAAGACGCUUGUGGUUGUUUAUACAUACAGCAAUAUGUACAUGGUCGACAUAGCUAUCAGUGGCCAGAGAAUGCAUUUCAUUGUUUCACCACCAUUACGCAUACUCGGUGCAGCGUAUGGCGUCGAAAACGUGUCUGAGAAAGUGCAGGCUUUGGUAAAGAAUCGAUCCCUUUCAAUAACAGUUAAAAAUAGCACAUUUGGAGAUGGCUGGUGUGGGAAUAAGAAAACAUUGGUCGUAGUUUAUCAAUAUGGCGACGAGACGCCGUUAGUUGCUACAGCCAUAGAGGAUGAGCAACUUGAAUUUCGAUACACAAAAAGUCCUGAGUUUAGUAGCAGUGAAAAUGCUUCCACCCUCACAAUCUUGGGGGCAGCAUAUGGGCCACGAGACGUCACAAAAAUGGUUCAGAGUCAUGUCAAAGGCACCACACUCGAAGUUACAGCCAACAACGAUACCUUCGGCACUGACCCAUGGAAGCGACACAAAAAGACCCUGGUAGUAGUAUAUCGCUAUGGGUGUAAUGAACCAGAAGUACGAGUAAUUAAAGAACGGCGAAGCAUUUACUUGCAGCAGUAA